AUGGCUUUACCGAAAACCUCUAUGAUGACAUUUUCGGGAGAUCCCAGACAGUUUUGGAUGUUUAUGCGACGUUUCAAUAGCUGCAUUGGGGACACAACCGUUGAUGAUAGCGCCAAGUUGAAUUGUCUGUUUGAGUUGUGUAAGGGUAAAGCUGCAGCUGUGAUUCAACCGUGUGCCAUUAUGGAUCCACGUAAAGGCUAUAUCCGAGCCCUGGAGUUGUUGAAGGAGCGAUUCGGUAAUGAGUACCAGAUAUCUGAAGCUUGUGUAAAGCACGUGACGGAAGGUCCAGUGAUAAAGGGGACUGAUUCUACGGCUCUGCAAGAUUUGGCUGAUGAGGUGUCAAGCUGUAGUGAAACCUUACAAGCAAUGAACUGUAUCGGUGAAAUCGACACGAGAUCAAGGGUCGUACAGAUUGUUGAGAGGCUACCUCUGUUUUUAAAGUCCAGAUGGCGUAAGCUUGCAGUAGAUAAAGUGGUGAAGGAUAAAGUUUAUCCAGGGAUACAGGAACUUGUAAAUUUCCUACAACGUGUCGCUCGAGAGGCAAACGAUCCCGUAUUUGGAGUCACCAAGCCGUCGGAGCAAGACUGUUCAAAGAAGGAUGGUCGCACCGCAGGUGGAAAGCCACAGGAUUAUGUGCAAUGGAAAGCUAGAUCCCACACUACAGGUGAAGCCAAGAACCUUGCGAAAGCCAACAUGAAAUGCUACAUCUGUGAAUCCACACACAGAUUGUUGGACUGUCCUGUUUGGAAGUCGGCGGCCGUGCCAAGGCGAUGGAGCCUAGCAAAGGAAAAGAGGUUAUGUUACAGAUGUUUGGCGGGAAAUCAUAUGGGUAAAAACUGCCCCCGCGGGAACACAUGCAAUGUCAAUGGCUGUGGUAAAAGUCACCAUUUCCAUCUUCAUGAAGACCGACCGUCACCAAAGUCAAAAGCCGACCCUGCCAAUAAUGCCAACAGUUCCUUUGGUACCAGUGAUUUUCAGCCUAAUGUACCCAUACAGGUUGUGCUGCGGACGGUUCCAGUGUGGUUAGUUGGUCCAGGAGGAAAGAGAGUGCUGAUAAAUGCCCUAUUGGAUGAAGGAUCUGACACGUCUUAUGUUCGAGCGGAUGUCGUAACAGCUCUGGGAAUAAGUGGAACUAAGGAGAAUUUGAAGAUUGCUUCAAUUGCUGACUGUGUGUCACUGGACAGCCAGAAAGUAGAAGUUCAGCUUGAGAGUAUAGAUGGCAGCACGGUUCGGAAGAUGAAGAUCUGGACGAUGAGUGACAUGUGCAGAAAGCUGCCGAUACAGAAUUGGAACCACCACAAGACUAAGUUUGACCAUAUUGCUGAUUUGGAGUUUCCUACAGCAUCGGGUAGGAAGACUGUUGAUGUUUUGAUAGGAUCUGACUACCCAGAGUUAGGUAUCGCCCUUGAGGAGCGUAUUGGAAAACCCGGCGAGCCAGUCGCAAGGAGAACACCGCUUGGUUGGACGUGUGUUGGUCCUCUACCCUUGAUCAAUGUACAUCAGACCACCACCAACUUCACGAUGAGCUUUCAUGCCACACACGAGUCAACCGAUCAGCAGUUGCAAAAGUUGUGGGACCAGGACGUCAUUGGAGAAGUUCAUGAGGACAUCUAUACUCCAGAAGACAAGAUGGUGAUUGAGAAAACUAAGAGUUCGAUAAGGAAGUUACCAGACCGGUUCGAAGUUGGGAUUCCUUGGCGUGAAGACCCUCCGGAUUUAAAAUAUAACAGAAUAGUGGCUGAAAGAAGACUUAGAUCACUUGAAGCCAGUCUGAUGAGGAGACCGGAAGUAGCCAAAAGAUACAAAGAAGCAUUUGAGGCGACUGUCGAGAAAGGAUACAUCACCAAGAUAUCAUCGGAAAAAGCGCAAGAACCAGGAUGGUACCUGCCGCAUUUUGCCGUGAUCCGGGAUGAUAAGCAAACUACGAAGGUGCGCAUCGUUUAUGAUGCUGCAGCAGCCUACGAAGGAACAAGUCUGAACCAGAAGAUGUUCCCAGGUCCGAAGCUGCAACGAGAUAUCUUGGAGAUCCUGCUGAAGUUUCGCUUGAAGCCUGUUGCCUUAAUCGGAGAUAUAAAGGAGAUGUUUAAUCAAGUCAGUAUGGCGGAGAAGGACAGGAAGUUUCACCGGCUGUUGUGGCGGCAUCUCGAUCCAACAGCACCCAUUGAAGUUUAUGAAGCAUCCAGAUUGGUGUUUGGUGAUGCAGCAUCUCCGUUUUUGGCGCAGUUUGUAACAAAACAUCAAGCCGAGGCAAUGCGAGAGCAGUAUCCGGAGGCAGCAGAGGUUGUUCUCAAAGCAAUAUACAUUGUUGACGUAAUCGACAGCCUUGAAGAUGAUGAUGAAGCCAGGCGUAUGCGCCAGGAUCUACAAGCCGUUUUGAAACCAGCUGGUUUUACAAUCCGCCGUUGGUGCAGCAAUAGACUUGCUGUUCUAGAAGGGUUGGACGAGUCGGAGCAAGCAUCUGGAGUUAAUCUGGAAGAGUCGGUACUUCCCAGUGUGAAGACCCUUGGUGUUGAAUGGGAUGCAGCUUCGGACACGUUUACCUUCAUCUUAAGCAGUACCGAGCAGACGAUUACCACGAAGAGACAGAUUCUGAGUCGUAAUGCAACCAUCUUUGAUCUGUUCCAAUUCUUGGCCCCUGUUGUCAUCCGGGGCAAGAUAGCUCUGCAAGAAUGCUGGUUACGUGGAAUCGGAUGGGACGAUGACCUACCAGAUGAUAUCCAAACUAGACUUGACCAGUGGAUAGGAGAGCUACAGCGGGUGAACGAGAUUCACAUCCCUCGGUGUUAUCGCAACAGGCCAGUUGAAGAUAUCGUGAAGAUGGCCCUACAUACAUUUACAGAUGCCUCGAGACUCGCCUACGGGGCAGUAGCCUAUCUUAGGUACCAGUAUACAGAUGGAGAAAUUGGGAUCAGCAUGGUAGCUGCAAAGUUUAAAGUUGCUCCACUGAAGAACGUUAGCAUUCCCGGCUCGAGCUGA